AUGGCCACCAGAAGCUCCUUGCUGGAGGCGCUCAUGGCGUGGUGGCGGAGUGGAGACGUCAUGUCGGACGCCCGCGGGGUUGUGGUCGAGGCCGCAGCGUUGGCCGUCGCGCUGGCGCUGCGCCUCCUCAUCACUGUUGCCGGACAAAUGAAAGUCGUUGGCACACGUCCAAAGAAGGUCCGAAAAGUUACGAUUCAAGACAGUCAAGAUGCAGUCACCUAUCAAUUUGAUGAUCCACCAUUAGUUCCCCCUACGGCUGGGUUGCAAAUUACUAUCCAUCCUGCUGCAGCCUCAUCAUCGGAGCACUCUGUAGCACAAGAAGCGGCUCACAAUACAGUUGCAGAGGAGUGUCCGGCACAGGCGGUACCGGGUCAACAAACUAAUCCUAAUAACACAUCAACAUCUCACACUUCAACGGGGAUCCCCCCGUUGGUUUCACCCAUUGUUGCUGGAGGGAACACUUCGGUCGGUUCCAAGAGGUCGGCUGCAACAACAUGCAACCGUUCCAACUCCCAUCAAUAUGAAAAUGACGAUGAUGAUUUUGACCCCCCGCCACCUAGAACUGCUCUUACCCGGAGGACCGACCCGCCAGUCAAGCGGCCAAAGGUAGCUAAAGCUAUAUCAUCCACCGCCGGUCAUAAUGGAAACCAACCAUCAAAACCGGCACCAACCAUUAGGUGCUCACCUGGAUUCGUGCUCUCUGCCAUUGAUCUAUUAACCGAAGAUCAAUAUGCAAAUGUCAAGGCUACUCCAUUUGGUGAAAUUCUGAACCUAAAAGCUGAUGCUCUUGAGUCCAGGAAUUUGCCGGUAUUCCUUAUGAACAAGACUGACAAGGACACUCUAAUAAUCAACGUCGGCACUCAAGGUGGACUGAAAAUUACCCCGCAUGCUGUGCAUUGUGUCAUGGGCACUCCACUUGGUGGUCGUGACCCAUCGGUCUGUUCUGUCACCCAAAAGAAUGAGCUGCUUAGACUCAAGAACGAGCUGAGCGUGCCAGUCGAUCAGAAUAUAACCUACAAAACUCUGUGCGACUAUAUAAAGUUGAAGAGGCCUGAUGAUUUGACAUAUAUAUCUGGUAGGGAGGCUGCUUGGACUGCAGACAUUGCUAAUAUUGGUGCGAUCGAUUGGUCCAAAGCUGUUGUUGAUUACAUGAGGGAUAGUGUUGCAACAUGGCACUCCAAGAAGAACAACAAUGGAGUAUUGUCCAUUUCUGGUUGUGUGCUCUUUUUAAUAAUUUACUAUUUGGACAAUCUCCUGAGUGUCAAUAUGUUGGAUGCGUCUCAAACACCACGCAUAGCUUUCUACAACACUGGGAAGAUGCAAGCUAUCUUAAGUGAGGAUAAGUCGAAGAACAAGCCAGACUCGAAGUCAUAUGGCAACCUACCGCUUCGGUCCCAGGAGGGUACUUGCUACUUGGAUGUUAAUGCCAACGCGACAUCAGCAAGCCAUGCUCAACCUCAUGCCCAUUCUGUUCUGUUCAUUAGCAUGCUGGAGCAACUCAGGGACUGCGUGGAUCAACUACCUCAAUCGAAGCAGGCUGUGGCAUUUGCUGCUAUACGGAGGUGUGAUGAUUCAGUUGCCAAACUACUUGCUGAUGUUUCUCUCGAACAACGCAAGGUUGUAUCGGAGUUACGCUGCAUAAUGCUCGAUCCUUCGACGUCUUCGCCAUCACCUCCAAUUCAGAGGGAUCCUAAGCCAAUUUCUCGUGCUGCGGCACAUUUGGAUAAUGUAGCGGGCAAUGUGGACAUCGAUCACACUACUAUCUUUGGCCCCAAUAAUGAGAACCCACCUGGGAGAUCUUCAGCCCAACUCGCUCGGGAACGGUCGAUUCAUGACAUUCCUGCUGCUACAGACAAUAUUGAAGUUGAUGGCACCAGUAUACAAUCCGAAGCCGACCGCAGUGUUCAGCGAAACGAUGGUGUGGAUCCCGGCAAGAAUCUUCCAUCGUCAGCAGAUGGCCCACUGCAAGGUUCUCUUACCCAACUGCUCCAGGGUAAUAUCGAAGCUUCUACGACCAAGUCCCAGCAAGAAAGCUUGCUUAACGCAUUUUAUGGACCUUAUGACAAAAGCGAAAAUGAUUGCACAAGUAACCAGCCCAAUAAACCUCAUCAAACAGUUGAGCCACACAAUACUGUUGACUCUAUGAACAACCUUCCACCACCAGACAAACAACAUGGCUCUGACAGCCACUCAAAAACCGAUUGCCCUACUCAUGCUGCUAACUGUUCUGAUGUGGAUGCGCAAGGAAUCACCGAUCCCAUUACGUUUUCUCAAAUGUGUGAAGGCAUUGAAUAUGAUGGAACUGGAUGCCCCUCAUGUGAUGCAGACGCGCGUCUUAUUAAUGAGGUGCACCUUGAUGACCUAGGCCAUGAGCAUGAAGAAGAAGCUGAGAUAGCUCCAACUAACACUGAUGCAGAAAACUUGGGGGUGGGUGUGUCAGACGUAUUCACGGGCCAAAAGUUUGUCAAUGAGGCACAAAUCGAUGCAGAAGCUGCUGAUCACACAGAGCAGGUCUCAAAAGAUGGCCAUUUAUCUGUGGAUGCACCAAUAAUUACUGGUCAAGUCCCAGUUAACCAUGACAAUGAUGCUGAUCGCCAAAUUACUGUCCAUGAACCAAUUAGCCACACAGAACAGUGUACCACCGCAGAGAAAUUUCAGGUAAUACCCUCCAUUACGUCUACAUAG